AUGAGGAUCGCCAAAGCGCUCCUGUCGUUGGCCCUCGUGGCUGACGCAGUUAUCGCUAGCUCUUGGUUUUCCAAUGCUGCCUACAACAAGUGGCACGAGACUGAGCUUGAGCGUUGGCUCUCCGACCACGAUGUCCCCUAUCCCACUCCUGCCGACCGCAAGGAUCUCGAGAAGCUUGUCCAGAAGAACUGGGAGUCACAUGUCGUAACACCAUACAACAGCUGGGACGCUGCCCAGCUUGAUAGCUAUCUCAAGCAGAAGGGUGUCGAGACCAAGGAUUCCGCCCAGGCCAGCCGCGAUUCUCUCGUCAGCCAGGUGAAGGGCUACUGGUACGAGACGGAGGACAAGGCUCAAACCGCCUGGACCAAUGUCAAGGACUGGAUUCUGGACAGCUGGACCGACAGCCAGCUCAAGGCCUUCUGCGAUCGUCAUGGUAUUCCUGUUCCCCAACCCCGCACCCGUGAUACUCUCCUUCAGAAGGCUAGGGUCGCUUACGAAACCGCUGCUCAAAAGGCCGGUGAGACUGCUGCCUACCCUGGCAACUGGUUGUACGAGACCUGGUCCGAGUCUGAUCUCAAGGAGUGGCUUGAUACCCAUGGCAUCCCGGCUCCUCAACCUACCACCCGCGACAAGCUCAUUGCCUCUGUCCGCCGCAACUCUCGACUUGCCUCGCUUCGAAUGCAGGAGCAGAAGGCUGCUGCUCAGAAGAAGGCUCAGGAAGCUUAUGCCACCCUCACUGACAAGGUUAUUGACGCCUGGAGCGAGUCUCAGCUGAAGGAGUUCUGCGACAAGAAUAGCAUCCCCGUUCCUCAAGGUACCAAGCUCAACCAGCUCCGCUCUCUUGUCCGCAAGCACCGCGCUGAGAUCAUGGGUGACACUGUUGCCUCAACCGCUGCCUCCGCCUAUGGCGCUGCUACUUCCAACGUUGGCGAGAACGUUGCCAAGGCUACUGAUGCCACUUCCCAGGCCGCUCUGGAUGCCUUCAACGCUGCCGUCAACACCUGGUCUGAGAGCCGUCUCAAGGGCUACCUUGACGCCCGUGGAGUCCCCGUUCCUCAGGGAUCCAAGACUGAUGAGCUUCGUGCGCUCGUACGCAAGCAUGCCCACAAGGCUGCUACCGGCUGGAGCGCCUGGACCUGGGACGAUCUGACCCUCGACAACCUCAAGGCCUACCUCGCUUCCUCUGGAGACGCUGCGGCGAAGAAGGCUGGUGAGAAGGCUGGCGCUACUCGCGAGGAGCUUGUCCAGGCUGCCAACGCUGCCUACGCCUCUGCUUCUUCUGCCGGUGGUAACUCCUUUGCCUCUGCUACUAGCUACCUUUCUCAUGCCACCGACAAUGCCAAGGCUGCUACCUUUGAUACCUGGAGCGAGAGUGAUCUCAAGGCCUACUUGGACAGCUAUGGCAUUCCCGUCCCUCAGGGUUCAACUCUCAAUGAGAUCCGUGCCCUUGCUCGUCGCCAGUGGACUUACUACAAGUACGGCACCUCGUCUCCUUCCGAGACCAUCUUCGCUAAGAUCAAGGAAAACGUCUUGAGCGGCUGGGACUGGGUCACCGGUCAGGUCAUGGCUGGCUCUGAUGCCGCCAAGAAGAAGGCUGAGGAGGGCCGUGCCAAGGCGCAUAAGGAGCUCUAA